CCCCCCUCCGUCUUAUCGCCUACUAUCGUGAUCCCCGCCCUCCCCAAUAAAGAGUAGGGCGUGUGAACAUGUCCGGGUUGACCCUCGGGCGAGGCCCUGGAGGCGUGCGACCGACUCAAACCGCAACAUUUACCACCCACCACCACCCGUCCGCCGAGGCUGACCGCUCCUCCAACAACUUCCCCCCUACCUCCUCGCAGUUGUCCGAUGACUUUUCUUUCGGUUCCCCUCUGAGCCCCGCCGACUCGCAGGCCCAUGAAGGCCUACUUCAGGACUCACUCUUCCCCGAAUGGGGGUCCGGUGCCCCUCGACCCGGCAUCGACAGUCCGGAUGAGAUGCAGAGGCAAGAUCCGUUAGCGACUCAAAUAUGGAAGCUCUAUUCUAGGACCAAGGCCCAGUUGCCCAACCAGGAGCGCAUGGAAAACCUCACCUGGCGGAUGAUGGCAAUGAGUUUGAAACGCAAGGAGCGGGAACGUGCUCAACAGUCCAUGUUUCCUGCAAGACCCGGUAGCGCUGGCCCCAGUGGUAUUGCUCAACUGCGCAUUUCCGACCCGCCCGUUGCCACCGGUAACCCUCAGUCCGCCGACCUGACCGCCGAUCCCAUGAACCUCGACGAUUUCAUCGUGCCCUUCGAAUCUCCUUCGGACCACCCCUCGCCCAACGCCACCAAGAUCACCGACUCCACGGCGGCGUCGGCGGCCAUUCCCAUCAAGUCCCGGAAAGAUCAGCUGAGAGAUUCUACCCCGGUGCCGGCCUCGUUCCACCACCCGGCUCAGGAUCAGCGGAAGAACAGUGAAUUCGGCUACGUCCCCCGUCGCGUGCGCAAGACGAGUAUCGACGAGCGUCAAUUUUUCUCGCUGCAGGUGCCGACCCGAAAGCGACCGGCCGAAUCCUCCCCCCAAGUACCUCCCGUUUCCAACUCCAUGUUGGCCCACGAUCCGGAGCUCGCUACCGGCGUGCCCGAUUAUGCCUUGGACACCCCGUCCUCGGCUUUUGGCUUCCAUCAGGGCAACCACCAUCAGAUCAAUCACCACAACCACACCUCUCCGGGGGCGCCGUUUGGCUUGGAUACGUUCGGCCUGGGAGAUGAUCCGAUUUUGCCCUCUGCAGGCCCCUACCAGUCGCAAUUCACCUUCUCGCCCAGCGAGUCUCCGAUGGCUUCCGGUCAUCCGUUCGCGAACCUCUAUUCACACACCCCGGUAGCUUCAUCCCUGAACUCGACGGAUUUCUUCUCUCCACCGCCAUCGGGCUACCAGUCCACGGCAUCCACACCACAGCCCGUCUACGAUGGGGACCAUUCCGUUUAUUUCGAUAUGCCGUCGGGCGACGCGCGCACGCAGCGCCGCAUCCCAACCUAUGUUUCGCAUCGGUCCAACUUGUCCGCUUCGCUGCAGCCUCGGUACAUGUUCAACCAGAACAACCAUGAACAGCCCAGUUCGUCGACGGUGCAUUCGCCGAGCUACCCCAUCCCCCAGCCGCAACAUGUAGACCCCACCCAGGUGUUGAACGCCACCAACUACUCGACAGGCAACUCCCAUACCGGUGCCAUGUUUACCUUUGGAGCCGACUCAGAUAACGAGGAUGACGAUGGUCAUCAGCUGUCAGAGCGGGCGGGUCUGGCGAUGCCGACUGAAUUUGGGGACGAGAACGACGGAUUCUCGUCGGGCAUGCAGUGGGAUGGGCAGUUCCCGGGCUCCUUCCAUUCGCUGCCGGGCUUUGGCCCUCAACAUCGCAAGCAUGUGACCAUCGGAUCCACGGACAUGAUGGACACCCCCGAGGAGUGGAAUCACGGCGGCAGUUUGGGUCGGACUCACGGGUCGGUGGCUUCGGUCAGUGAGGUGCGCAACCGAGAGCAGGACCCUCGUCGGCAGAAGAUUGCCCGCACCACAUCCACCCCCAAUACGGCCCAGCUGUUGCGCCAAAGCAUGAACUCUAAUAACAAUACGUCUCAUACCUCUCCCAAUACCCCGCCUGAGUCCGGCCUGAGCAGCGCCGUACCGUCCCGCCCGGCCAGUCCCGGAGGCAGCAAGAACGGUGAUCCGGGCAGCAACGGACCGACCACCUGCACGAACUGCUUUACUCAAACGACUCCGCUGUGGCGUCGGAACCCGGAGGGCCAGCCACUAUGCAAUGCCUGCGGUUUGUUUUUGAAACUGCACGGUGUCGUGCGUCCUCUGUCCCUGAAAACGGACGUCAUCAAGAAGCGUAACCGCAGCAGUGCCAACAGCUUGGCGGUUGGGACCUCCCGUGCGUCGAAGAAGACGUCACGCAAGAACUCGGUGCAGCAGGCAUCCGCAGUCACAACUCCGACGUCGAGCCGCGCUCCGAAUGGGACUUCCUCCGAAUCCCCGCCCGCCGGCUUUGGUGCUGCCGUGGGACGGUCGAAUGGGGUGGUACCCAUUGCCGCCGCUCCUCCGAAGGCAGCUCCCUCCGCAGCAGCCUCCCCUGGCACGGGUCAGACUCGUAACCCAGUCCAGGCUGCCCCGAAACGUCAACGACGGCUGGAAAAGGCCUCCGAGAUGGAAACGGACGAGGCUAACAAGUCUGCGGGAGGCCGGUCCAAGGUGGUGCCUUUGGCGCCCGCCAUGCCACCAGCGGCAGCCAAUCCGGCAAACCAUAGUAUUGCCGGCGGCCAAGGGGCUAGUCAGGAAUGGGAGUGGUUGACGAUGAGUCUGUAACGGCAGCGUUUACUUCUCUACUUCUCUACACUCGUUUCUUAAUAUUUUUUUUAACCCUCCCCUUUAUUUCCCCCUUCCCCCCCCACCGUUGAUGCUACGCCAUGACCGAUAGACAUGAUGAAUACUGCAACCAAUGGAAUCUCGCUAGACGAGAGGUGUUAGAUGACGUGGCCCCGCGAUGCACUUAAUGAGACGACGAGGUGCAAUCCGAUGGUUACGCUGGUUUAAUGGUAACAUGACGAGGGAUAUUCGUUUCUGUUAUUUCGGGGUUUGAUCUGUUCUAGUCUGCGAUCUAACAGCGACCGAAUCCUCUGCUGUGACGAUGCACAGCUUGUCUUGUGGUUCUGUUGUGGCUUUCUGUUUGUUUGGCUGAUUUGAUUUAUGCUUGAUACAAUCGCGUCUGUCCGGACCCCGGCCUUUUGUUUUUCUUUUCAGUGCUGAUUCUUCACUGUUACUGUUUUCCUUGUUCUUGUUUUUUCUAUUUUGUUUGAGGCUUGGGGCCGGGCAGAAGUGCGCAUCUCUGCUUUGUGUUUUCUGUCACCGUCCAUAGACGCUGUAUAUACAUGGUACAGCAUGAUUCUACAUAUCCAGUCUGAGCUGUUGUAUCCAUUAUAAGUGUAGCCAGCUGUCGAAACGUGCACAACUUUAUUAUUA